AUGGACAAAAGAAAUGAGUCUUCAAAUACAGAUUUAAUCCUCCUGGGCCUCUUCCCUGAUAUGAAUCAUGUCAACUUCCUUCUCUGUGUCAUUCUCCUGAUCUACACCAUGGCUCUCACUUCAAACUCCAUUCUAAUCCUCCUAAUCUGGGUGGAUUCUCACCUCCACACACCCAUGUACUUCCUGCUCAGCCAACUGGCUCUCAUGGACAUGACAUUAAUCUCUAGCAUCGUACCCAAGAUGGCAACUGACUUCUUCUUAGGGAAGAGAAACAUAUCACGCGUGGCCUGUGGGACUCAGAUCUUCUUCGUCCUGACUGUAGGAAUUGCUGAGUGCACCCUCAUCACCCUCAUGUCCUAUGACCGAUAUGUUGCCAUCUGCAACCCUCUGAGAUACACCCUCAUCAUGAGCCAGAAAGUCUGUCUGCAGAUGGCUGCCAUCUCCUGGGCUGGGGGCGCCCUUAUAUCACUUGCACACACGGCCUAUGCCAUGCAUUUCCCCAUCUGUGGUUCCAGAGAGAUUUCCCAUUUCCUCUGUGAGAUCAUGUCCAUGCUAAAAUUGGCCUGUGAUGAUGUCUCCGCCUAUGAGAAGGCUUUGGUAGUGACAAGCAUUGUGGUGCUCCUCAUCCCCUUGUCCCUCAUCAUGUCCUCUUAUGCUCUCAUAUUCCUUGCUGUCCUCCACAUGAAAUCUCCAGAGGGAAGGGACAAAGCUCUAGCCACUUGCUUUUCCCACUUAACUGUAGUGUGCCUCUAUUAUGGCCCUGCCAUGGUGGUCUACAUGAAGCCUAGUUCCUACCAUAAUCCCAGACUGGACCAAGUCCUCUUUGUGCUUGACCCUAUUCUCACUCCGUUGCUAAAUCCUCUGAUUUAUAGUCUUAGAAACAAAGAAGUGUUGGGGGCCCUAAGGAAGGUUCUAACUUGA